CUAUGCUCGGCCAGCACCUUCCAGAGUUCACCUUCGAAUGGAAGGAAGGUAAAUGAUUUAUAUUUAUUCUUUUUUUUUUGACAAAAUUUGAUUGCAUUUUUCUUGUUAGCAUCAGACUUGGAAUUUAUCAUUUUUUUAUGACCAAGUAAAACUACAUCUCUUUCUCCACCUCGGAGUCAGUCCACUUGUUGUCGACCGGCCUUCAAGAAUUAUGUCCAAAAAACGAGUAGCCUAUUUUUAUGAUAAUGAGGUGGGAAAUUUCUACUAUGGGCCGAACCAUCCUAUGAAGCCGCACAGAAUGCGCAUGGCACAUAAUUUAAUAUUGAAUUAUGGACUGUAUAAAAAAAUGUACAUUUAUCGCCCUACACCCACCCCUCCCAGCGAUAUCACCAUGUUUCACACAGACGAUUAUAUCAAUUUCAUGCGUACAGCUACUCCAGAAAACUUAGAUGAAUAUCAAGAUCAGUUGUCUAGAUUUAAUAUUGGCGAAGAUUGUCCUGUUUUUCAUGGUCUGUUCCAGUUCUGCCAACUAAGCGCGGGUGGAUCCAUAGGUGGUGCAAUCAAGCUAAACCAUCGCGAUGCCGACAUCGCGAUUAACUGGGCUGGUGGUUUGCAUCAUGCUAAGAAGGCAGAAGCAUCCGGGUUUUGUUAUGUAAACGAUAUUGUGCUAGGGAUUCUAGAGCUUUUGAAACAUCACAAGCGUGUUUUGUAUGUAGAUAUUGACGUCCAUCAUGGCGACGGAGUCGAAGAAGCGUUUUACACUACCAAUCGUGUAAUGACUGUUUCCUUUCAUAAAUUUGGUGAAUUCUUUCCAGGGACCGGUGAUAUUAAAGACAUCGGUUCCGGACUUGGAAAAUAUCAUUCAUUAAAUUUUCCACUUUUGGACGGUAUCGAGGACAUUUCCUAUGAAACGAUUUUCAAGCCAAUCAUGCAGACGGUUAUGGACCGAUUCAGACCAGAAGCCAUCUGCGUGCAGUGUGGCGCUGAUAGCCUAACUGGAGAUCGCCUUGGCUGCUUCAAUCUGACACUUCAUGGACAUGCUAUGUGUAUUUCAUUUCUGAAAUCUUUCGGAUUACCCAUGUUGGUAUUAGGCGGCGGUGGGUACACUAUAAGAAACGUCGCGCGCUGCUGGACCUAUGAAACUAGUGUUCUUCUAGAUACUGAGAUUUCAGAUAAGCUUCCUUACAACGAUUAUCUCGAAUAUUAUGGACCUGACUAUCGUCUGCACAUUGAUCCCAGUAACAUGCCCAAUAAAAAUACAAGAGGAUAUUUGGAGAAGAAUAUGUCUGAACUAUUGGAGAACCUAAAAAACAUGGAACACGUUCCAAGUGUGCAGCAACAAGAAAUUCCUGAAGACCAUCCUGAUAUCUUUCAAGAGGAAGAAGACGAUGACGAAUGGGAUCCAGACGUUCGACCCUCCAAAAAUCCAAUACCUGAUGGGGAGUUGUCACAUAGCAAUGAUGAUCAAGAACGAAGAAAUCAAAUGUGUUGGUAUGAAACAGAACAAGAGAAAGAUGAUUUUUAUCAUCCUCCUGCCUCAACAAAAAUCACAGAAAAAGGUUAACUAUAUAUUUAACUGAAUAUAUUUUUAAUUUGUAUAUCUCGUUGAUCCUA